AUGGCGUUUGUGUUUCCUUCAUUGGCUAACUCGGCCACCGUGACAAUCACUGCCGCCGGCGCCCUCUUUUCUUGCCUGCUGCUGUAUUUUAUUCGAAUUAAUCUAAUGUUUAUGGAAACACCAGCUCGGUUCCGGAUACUUGCGGGUUCACGAUGGGACCCAAAACUACUCUCACAGACCUACAAAGAACUUGCUGAAAAUCCCAUCAGCUAUGCCGACCAGCUCCCCCCGAGGCUGAAUCGACGAUACGUUGUGACCGGAGGCGCUGGUAAGAAGUUCCAAAGUAGAGUGAUUACACUUGAUCGAAUUCUUAAUCUGAUUGUUCCUCUUCUAGGUCUUGUCGGGGGCCACAUCGUGCUCCAGCUGCUGGCCAGAGGGACGCCGCCUGAGGGUAUUCGCGUCAUUGAUAUCCGCAGAACAGAACGUAAUGAUCUUCGCAGUGAAGCCGCGUCAAGAGUAGACUUCAUCCAUACAGACGUCACAUCCUUAAGCUCAGUUCAAGCUGCCUUCUGCAAGCCGUGGGAUCAAUCAGUCGCUCACCUUCCGCUCACCGUCUUCCACACGGCUGCCAUCAUUAUUCCCUCGGCCAGGUCUAAGCUCCAAUAUGAGUUUGUAGAGUCAGUCAACGUCAGAGGCACCAAGAACGUUCUUAUGGCAGCGCGCGAGGCUGGUGCCGACAUCUUCAGCUCGACCUCGUCCGCUUCCAUCGCAAUCCAGCCAGUAGAGCUCUUUCCAUCGCCCUGGGUCUCAACACCACAGAACUUUGCCCAGGUGCUCGACGAGAGUGAUUUCUAUAAACCUUUACGUCCACACGAGGAGUUUUUCGGCAACUACCCUGCCUCCAAGGCCCUGGCUGAACGUCUGGUCUGCGAAACAAAUGAUGGCGACUCGUUUAGAACAGGUUGUAUUCGCCCCGGCAACGGAGUUUACGGGGAUCCAACGGAUAACACGGUUGGCGGUCCUCUCAGCAGGUCGAUCAUGCCAACAUGGGUACCACAUAUUGUUCAAAGCUUCGUACACGGGGCCAACGUGGCGGUUGCCCAUCUGCAUCACGAAGCUGUCCUUACGACCAAGAAUUGCUCACAAUCCGGUCGGCCUUUUGUCGUCACAGAUCCAAACCCUCCUAUAACCUAUGGCGAUCUCUAUAACGUUAUCAAGUUCCUGUCCUUCCAUUCCUUCCACGUCGUCGUUCUACCACCUAUUCUGAUUCUCCUACUCUCACACGUCAUUGAAUGGUAUGUCCUUUUGCCGUACCGCUAUUCGUUCUUGAGACAUUUUCUUCCUCAGAUAAGGGGCGACUUGAAGUACUUACAACCGGGACUGUUUUCCAUCUGCACACACUUGAUCGUGUCUGAUUCAGAGGCAAGGAAACCGGUAGAAGAGGGCGGACUCGGUUAUCGCGGCGUCUUGACGACGCUGCAGGGAAUGGUCUGGGAGGUUUUGGAAUGGAACCGAGAGCACGGAAGUGAACAUGACAAGCCCCACGCCAGAAAGGCGUACACAACUUCGGUCGAAUUGGCGGAACAGAUACAGAAACUUGGAGUGGGUGGCGUGCGUAUCUCUACGUGA